AUGGAAAAGAACUUGACAGUCAAAGAAAAAAGUGGAGGGACUGCCAAGAAGGCAACGUAUUCUCGAGAACAAAAGGGAAAUAAGGGGCAAGAACAGAAUCAUGCUAAAGCGGCUGCAAACAUAAGAAAGACCAAGUCUAUGGAGGUUCUAUCCAGGCGAGUGGAUCAUGCUGGUUCUGGAUACUUGGAUGAGAAAGAGCUGGAGAAAAGGAAACAAGAGGCCCAUAAGGUCUUUGUGAAGGAGAAGAUAAAGUUUUCUGCCUUUUUGAACGAAAUCACAAGGCAGGUGCUUAGCCCAUCAAGACUUACUUCCCUUGGGGUAACACAUGUUCAUAGACCCUCGAGCCCUGGGCAGACUUCAACGUCUCCAAAGGCAUUGUCCCCAAAGCCUGAACAUAAAACAAACGCUCGCACUCCAGUAAGCACUCCCAUUCCAAACGUCACUCACAUUCAACCAAGACCUCCCGCUCCAACAAGCAUCCUUAUUCUGAAAGGGACCUCAUCAAUCAACAACAGCGUCAGGCUGUUCCCAGGCGUCGUCAUGGCAGUGCAAGAAGUGAUACAAGCAAUACUAGCUCUUCCUCAAAAUGUCUUUCAUCUGGGACUGAACGUGGUCACAAAGUUCAGAAGCAGCACCAAAUUGCCCCCAAAGAGAAACAUUUCAAUUCAUCGAAUCAUCGAAAUUCACACCACAAAUCAUCUCCAACACACCACCAUCACAAUGAAGAUUAUCAUAGCCCACCUUCACGUCCUUGUUCUCCAGAAUCAGAAAACCGCCAUCGUCAUUCCCAUCAAGAAUCGCAUCACCAUCAUUCCCAUCAAGAACCUCAUCACCAUCAUUCACCAUCGCCAUCUCAUCAGCACCAUGGAACUCAUCAUAGCCCAUCAUCACACCAUCAUUCUCCUUCAGAUUCUCAUCAGCACCAUGGAACUCAUCACAGCCCAUCAUCACACCAUCAUUCUCCUUCAGAUUCCCAUCAUCCUCCUCCAGAUUCCCAUCAUCAUUCACCCUCUCCAUCACAAUACCAUCAUGGAGCUCACCGCAGCUCAACAAAGUCUUCUAAGUCAGGCACUCACCAUCAUCUUUCCCAUCCAGAAGCUCAUCCUUCUCACAAAGAAUCACACCACCACAGCCACCAUCAACAUUCACCUUCACCGCCACAUCACAACCAUGGACGUCACAGCACCUCAGUUUCAGAACCUUCCCACCAUCAUUCCCGUUCAAAAUCUCACCACUAUUAUUCGCCUCCUCCUCUCCACCACCAUGGAGAGCAUGAAAUUGCAACACCAUCAUUCUGACCAUGAGUCCUCUCAUCCCAAAUCUCACCAUCACCAUCAUCAUUCCCAUCCUAAUCACUCAUCCAACACCAUCCAACACCAUCACACUUCUGAUUCUCACACUGAAACUCGCCAACACUCUCAUUCUCGUAAUGCAUCCCCUACACCGGAACACCAUUAUCAUUCUUCUCAUACUGACUCUCACCAUAGUCCUCAUCAACAUCACCAUCACGUGUCGGACAGUUAUCCAAAAGGCCCUGCUCACUCUAAUUCAGCCCAUCAUUAUGAAAAUCAUCCUAACACACAUUCAGAAUCCCAAGAUCACAGCGCAUCACAUCCUAAAGGACACCUUUCCCGUUUAGAACUCCACCUCCACAGUGAUCAUGAUCCUCCAGAAUCUCACCCAAAACAUUUCCCCUCAGGAAGUCAUGAACCCACCCCUGUUGAACCUGAUCAUUACCAUCACCACAAAUCUCAAGAAUCCCACCAUUAUUCCCAUUCAAAUUCCCAUCACCAUUCCAAUCCAGAGUCUAACCAUCCUCAACAUCAUGAGCAUUCAGAAUCUCAUCAUCGUUCCCAACCAGAAUCCCACCAUCAUCAUUCUCAAGAUCACCAUCAUUACCAUGACAACCCAGAAUCGCAGAAUCAGCAUUCCAAUACAGAACAUCACCACUUUCAUUCCGAAUCGAACCACUAUCAUUCCCACUUCAAAGAGGAUCAUCACAAUGAUGAUCACACGAGUCAUCUUCGCCACUCUCCAGUUGGCCAGCGGUCCACUUCUCCUCAUUCUAACAAGUCAAAUUCAUCCGCUAGCUCCACUAUCCAGGACGACCAAUCCACAGUGAGCUACCAAGAGUCGUCCUCAUACCUAAAAGAAAAGGACUCAGAAUUGGAGAGAUUAACGAUGUUACAGGAGCAGAAUGAGGUUCUCCACCACAGCUUGCUGCAGACCACUGUGCGAAUGGAGUGUAUGGGAUCUGAAUUCAAAACUGGCCACCAGCUCAUUGAAUCUGAGUUACAAAGAACUCGCAUAGAGCUAAACAGCUUAUUGGAGCGAUUCACAAGACUUCAGGACAACUACUCUUCCACACAACAAACCAACCACCUUCUGGAGAAAAAACUGCAUUGUGUGGCACAGAAUAUGGAUGGAGAGCGUGAGCGACUGAACCAGCGAAUCUCUGAGCUCUCAGAUCAACUGUCUACGGCAAAAACAACCAUCCAAAGUCUAGAGACCAUUAAUGUGACAUCAAUGCUACAGGAUGCCCUGGUGAAACAUUUGAAGUCUGACGAUCCCAUGACUCCACUUCCAGUCGCACCACCUCCAGCUCAGUUCAUGGAUAGUGACCGUUACGACAAAGUCUCAAUGCAUGGCGACGACCAGUCGCUGGGAACACUCCCAGAGGAGGAGGAAUCUGACUGGUCAGAAAUGGGAGAGGAGGCACAGAUCUGCGUCUUGAGGGGUUCGCAGGGAAAUCAUGGAAACGCAUCGUAUUACCAAUGGCAGCAGAGGCAAGGCUGUUGGGGGGGGUUGAACCAAUAUUCAAAGGGAAAUGUGGAUACGGAGAGCGAAUCUGGGGGUGAGGAGAGCAAAUGUCAUCAACCUCCUCACGGCCUACAGAUACCACAUCUCAAGUUCACCGUUCACCCCGAAACCUUACCGAUUCCUAUGGCUGAUGUAAGCCUGGCCUGCUUCAAUCAGGGUCCUGAUGAUCCAGAUUGCGAUGGCUACCACAUCACAGAUGUACGUAAUCUGGGCUCUCCCAUUCGUGUACUCUCUGCUAGUCUGGAAGAGAUCCACUCCAUAGGGAUUCUGAAGCAGCAAGAGCAGCAGCAGGAUCAUCAUAAAUCCAUGAUGGACCUCCACCAAUCACAAGUUUGCACCAGGCAAGUGUUGUACGAGGAUGAGAUUGAAUGUGAUUGGAGAGAAGCGAACAGCCAUGGUGCUGGAGAGCAUUUAAAUGGGAUGGUUGGUCUGGAGUCUGCUCAAAAAAUGCUCAACCACUAUAUUCAUGAUGGAGAGAGUACACACUUGUGAUUAAAGGGACAUUUUAAAAUGGCGAAUAUU